UUUAAGCACGAAAUUACGAACAAUUGGUAUAUCAGAUAAACUUUUUACAAGUCGAAUGCGAUGACUCCAUUCUCGAACCAGUCUUUUAUUUCCACUCACGGUCACGCGGUCACUUCAUCAUGGCGACUGACAAUGAAACACCAAUUGUGAAUAUAGAGGACAUAAUCUCGGCCGCAGAAACAAAAGAUGAACAGAAAUUUAAAUCAACAGAAGUAAAUAAAUUGAUCGAACCCCAAUUUGAUGUUAGAAACCUUUUAUUAACCGACAUAAAUAUUGUGGAAAAAAGUAGCUCCAAAAAGAAGAAAGAUGAAAUUCUACGUGACAUUGCUCGUGACAACACGCAAUUUCUUUUGAAUUGCAUCUGGAAGCUGCCAGUUGAAAAGUGUGAAAAUGUUGUUUUGGUACAGCUUCCAGAAGCAACAACUGUUCUUCCACGAGAAAAGCAGAUUCCCAAACUAAAACCACUGACAAAAUGGCAAGAAUUUGCAAAAAAAAAGGGAAUUCGAAAACAGAAACGCGGAAGGAUGCUUUGGGAUGAGACCACCAAAUCAUGGCAGCCACGCUGGGGAUUUAAACGUGCAAAAGAUGACACAAAAGAAUGGCUAAUAGAAGUGCCUGCCAAUGCAAACCCUUAUGAAGACCAGUUUUUAAAACGUGAAAAAGACAAAAAAGAACGAGUGGCGAAGAACAAAUAUCAAUGUCUGAAAAACAUGAGUCGUUCUCAGGAAUUUAACAAAUCAAUUUCAGGUUUAACGCCUUCAGAGAAACCGUCGCGAAGCCAGAUAAAAGCUUCUAUCAACGCUGCUCGGCUUUCUACAGCAUCAUUGGGAAAGUUUACUCCGUCCUUGAAAAACGAGAAGUCACCAAAGACAAGUGGAACGAAGAGAAAGUUCGAAACGAUUGUCGGCGACCUUAAAGCAGAAAGGGAAAGAAAUUUGGAUUUGUUGGGUAAAAUCGGGCAGAAACCAAUUCUGGACGUGAAAAAAGCAACUAAUCAAUUAUUGAAUGCUCAACAAAAGAAGUCUUCAGAGGAAAAGAAAUCUCAAGGUGAAAAGAGAGUAAAAGGCAGGAAGACGAAUAAGAUGAAAAAAUCUGCUAAUGUAAAUGGAAGAAAGCGUAAAAAACAGAAGUAGAAUGUGACGAAAAAUUGAAACGUUUUUAUUCAGUUUAUAAUGAUAAAUAAAACAGUUUCAAUGUCGAAUGUCGAAUUAAAGUUGGUGAACCUCUA